UACUGAUGGUAGUGUGCUGUCGUAAUUCCUCAUUGACGUGUGCUAGAUCAUACAGCAAAGUGAUCAAAUUGUGAAUAAUCUGACCAUUGGGCUCUUCGGCACAUGUAUAAAUCUUAGAAUUUCUUCAUAAAAGGUGAAGAUGUGAGUAUGAAAAAGAUUGAUUCUCUAUAACUUGAGCAAAACUUUCAUCGGCAACUACUGGGAUCAUGGCCAAUCUGUGCUUCUCACUGCUUGGCGAAUAGUCGCCAUGUAAUCUGCAUGCCAGACACACGCACACAGACACGCGCGCACACAGACACGCACACACACGCACCUUGAGAGGCGUGUAGCCGAGAUGAGCACACAUUCGGCUGGUUUGGAGAGACCAGCAGGAGCCAUGACUCGCACAGCGCUCUCUCUGCUCGUCCUUGCGCUCUUCUGCAUCCAGGAGGGCAGAGCAGCUACACUCAUGAAGGCAAUUCAAGACCCGAGUGCGGUGUUUGUGCGAGAGGAGACCGCAGCCAGCUUCCUCCGUCCACGCCGCUCGGUCAAGCUGCAGCGUGAAAUCAUCGCGGAGCAGACGCAGAGCCUCUUGGCGGACAAGCGACGCACGGAAUACCGUGAGGAGCAGAUCAAGGCACGGGAGAACUUUGCUGAGGAAGAACGAUCUGAGACGUACGAGCAGACCCGGGAGGCGACCGAGUCGUGGAGAGAAUACCACUACGACGGACUCUACCCCUCCUACCGCUUAAACCGCCACAUUCCCUACUGAGCCACACCAAGAGGACGCAAGAGCCAGCAGAAAUCCGCUGAGGCACUCGACAACAAUGUGCUAUGCACAUCCCCAGCGGAGCCCAAGAUAUGCUGCCAACUGCUGGGUCUAAACAGAUGAUCAAUAUCAAUAAACCGUGUGCAAAGUAAUCAACGCAUGAGCAUGCAAUAUUAAUGUUCAAUGGAUGCAUUAUUUGCAGUUUAACAUUCAACAAAACCUGCAUACUUGUGGUAGGAUACACAUGGCCAUUUCUGGUUGGAUGAGAGUUAUUAAAUAAUCUACUUCCCAUCAAAAUCAGUCCAGUUAUGAAGUUUAAUUUUGGGAUUAUUAAAUCGUGGCCUAGCAUGUACCCACUAUAUUGGAUUUUAUAUAUUGGGUCAAAUCCAAAAGUGAUCAAACAUAAUACGCAACCGUUAUCCUGUUUAAACUCACAGAUGAGUGAUGGUGCAAAUGGCUCAUGAACUGGAUGUGAAAUAUUUUGGUCUCUUAAAAUAACCACACCUACAGACCCAAGAGCUUGCAGAAAUAGGUCCCUUUAAGUGCACCUUUUACACAAAUUGAUAUCGAUAGCUUUGCAAAAAACAUUUUAUGUUGUAAUGUUCAUAACUAAAUACGACCACAAUUAUCCAUCCAGAACUACCAACACAAGUUUUUUGUCUAAAUGGUAUACAUUUUUGCAACAAAUAUCAGCAAGCAUGUUUUUGCUUGUAUGUUAAAUUCACUUUUUCUUAAAAGCUUGUUGUCUCAGCAUAAAAUGUUGCAUAGUCAAUGUUCAUAUUUGAAUUGCUUCCUGCUUUAGUGUGAUACUUUAGUUACAAAACGUGAAUAAAUCUUUUUUUGGAACGUUAAAAUACUCGCAUUUUUUAAACAUUUCACCAGUUUUUACUGUGCCCAUACACAUACGAGUUUAGCAGAUUUGAUCCUUAAAAUUCCACACUACAUUGGCAAAUUCUACACCACAGUGGCACACGAAACACCGUGUGCUCAAGAUGUGAAGGUGAUAAAGAGCCCCUUGUCAAGUCUGCUUAAACUGAUGGGGCAAUGCUAGUGGCGAGCAGCUAUUACAACUGGCACAGCCAGUUGAGGCAGCGGUGCUGCCACUGUCUGGAUGUGUGUAUCUCACUGCGCAAGGUCACUUAAGGCUGAGUAAAUUUUAAACCCAAACUAGUUCAUAUAGCCAAUGGUCUGUAGUUAGAUAACAGACAAUAUAAUUACGUUACCUUACUAAAAUUAAUUUCUGGAAAUGUUAGCCCUGCAAGAAAUACCUGCAUUUAACAGCUAAAGUAUGAUAAAAAAAAAAACUUGUGAAAUACU